AAUCGUGCUGCCUGGCGGCUGCUAACGUGCAGAUCCUGCCUCGGCCACCUGGACUUAGUGAAGUGAGUUAUCGCAGUGUGGAGAGUGCUUGAAGUUCGGGUAGAGUUCACGACCAAAGACAGCAAUGUCACUUUUCUCAUCAAACAACGGCCGUCCGCGGUCCCUCAUGGAGGCGCUGCUGGCGAAAAAAAUCGAAGCUGCGUCGCAACAAACUGGCCCGGGAGGAUCGCGACUCAUUCGAACGGAUUCCAUGGAUUCGAGCAGUAGCAUCGGCUCGCUGGGAUCGCUUAUUUUGGGUGACGAUGUUUGCCGCUGUGACGAUUGUCUGCUCGGUAUCGUCGAUCUCUACACCAUCGGUCCGAAGGAGACGGCCAGUAGCAUCAAGAAGCCUUCCGGAUGGCGCAAGCUGCGAAACAUCGUCCAAUGGACACCGUUCUUUCAGACGUACAAGAAGCAGCGCUACCCGUGGGUACAGCUAGCCGGUCAUCAGGGAAACUUCAAAGCCGGCCCGGACCAGGGAACGGUACUGAAGAAGCUGUGCCCCAAAGAGGAAAAGUGCUUUAAGGUUCUGAUGAAGGAUGUCUUGAGGCCCUACGUCCCCGAGUACAAGGGCCAGGUGAACAGCGAAGAUGGAGAAUCAACAUACAUACAGUUGCAGGAUUUACUAAGCGACUUCUAUCAACCUUGUGUCAUGGACUGUAAGAUAGGUGUCAGAACCUACCUUGAAGAAGAACUGUCGAAAGCCAAAGAGAAGCCGAAACUUCGAAAAGAUAUGUAUGAAAAAAUGAUUCAAAUCGAUCAAAACGCCCCUUCCGAAGAGGAACACCGAGCAAAGGGUGUCACGAAGCCACGCUACAUGGUGUGGAGGGAAACCAUUUCCAGUACAUCCACGCUCGGAUUCCGAAUAGAGGGCAUUAAAAAGAGCGACGGAACAAGUUCGAAGGAUUUCAAAACUACAAAAUCACGGGAUCAAAUAUGUGAUGCAUUUCGCGAGUUUACCGAAGGAUUCCCUCAUGCAAUGCCGAAAUAUAUCCAGCGGCUAAAGGCGAUCCGGGCGACACUGGAAUUUUCCGAGUUCUUCAAGAGCCACGAGGUGAUAGGCAGCUCGCUGCUGUUCGUACACGACCGGCACAAGGCGAGCGUGUGGUUGAUCGAUUUCGCUAAAACCGUGUCCCUGCCAGAGACCGUCGCUAUCACGCACGACAGCAAAUGGAAGGUGGGCAACCACGAGGACGGCUACCUGAUCGGGAUCAACAAUCUGAUCGACAUCUUCAGUGAGGUGCACGAUCGCCAGUCGCUGCAGUCGCUAACGGAACGAAUUCCGAGGCUUUCGCUGCCAGACGACAGCAACGGUGUUGAUGCGGUUGCGGACGAUCAGCAACACUGUGCCGAGCGUACUGUGAACAAUGAGUUCCCGCCCAACGCCCUGCCGACCGCCUCAAGCCGGUGCAGCGAUAAGAUCAACUGCGUGAACAAUAACAACAAUUAUGGUUGUAAAGCGGACGAACAGCAGCUAGCAGGCGGCAACGCAACGGACGGCACGGGUUUACACGACUGCGUUGGAUCGAACUCGGGCUAGCCUGUACGAUUGGGCCUCAAAGGGCGCGAGUUAAACGCUGCCAAACAAGGACUGAAACUCGAAGCGAUGCGUUUUGAAGAGCUACAAAUAAAAUUAUACACUAAACGGUUUCACUGUUCCCAUCGCCUGCGCGGCUGAGGAAUGCAGUACAUUUUGUUUUAGUGGCUCGAAAUGGAAUGGUCGAAUUAUAGUCCCAUUCCCUGGGCCGGCUCCGUUUUCCAUACCUAGAAAUGGCGGGCGAGAAACGGUUGCUUAAUUUAUAAAAUAAAAGAAAUACUACGAUCAAACACUCUGAGCAGUAGGAUAGAACGAAAUAGUGUAUUUUUUAGCAGCAUAAGCAGGCACAUAUUAAU